AGCGACACGAUGGCGGCGCUCACCCCCCUCCUGUUCUGUUCCGGUCUGGUCCUGCUGCCGCAGCUCUCCGGGGCUGCCUGUCCACACCAAGAGGCCGGGAUCAACCUGUGGAGCUCCAAUGCCACCUGGCCCUCUGGUGCUGUGCCUUCCGGAGGUGACGUCACCAUCAACACCAGUGUCCUGCUGGACGUGAACUCUGCGCGGAUGGACACUGUCACCAUCACCACCGGCGGGAAGCUGGUGUUCGAUCCGUCCGCCGACUCGGUCCGGCUGAGCGCCAGCAUGGUGGAGCUCAUGGGCGGAGAGCUCUGGAUCGGGUCCGAGGACUGCCACUUCACCGGAGACGCCGAGGUCCUCCUGACGGGGAAACGUGACGAGAGUGCCGGAGCGCCCAGCGUGCAGAAGGCCGUGGUUGUUCAUACGGGUAGGCUUGAGGUUCACGGGAAGCCCAAACGUCCGUGGACUCAGCUUUCAGGCACACUGAACAAAACGACGAGGGAGGAUAUGAUGGGUACACCCAUCUACAGCGUGUCUGAUAAUGAUGACAGCUUCUCUCGAUCUGGGUUUCGGAUGGUUGAGUUCAACGCGACAGGACAUCCUGUGAAAAACUGGGGUCGAGUCUCAGGUGCUAGUAAGUUCAACCAAGUCGCAUCCAACACGGGAAACGUUGUUGCGGUUGUUAUCUCUCGAGAGGCUAAGUUUGACGGAAAUGACAUCGCAGCAACUGCUGCGGCCUUCGAAUCACUAUGCUUCAACGACACCAAAGAGUCUGAGAUUCGUAACAUGGUCGAGGGGCAGCGGGUUGGAUUCGCAGCCAUCUGUCACAUCGGAACCCCCGCUAAUGGUGUGGAGACUGUCGGCACGUCCAUCAACUACAGGUCUCAGACGGGCUGGCUGACGCAGACUGUCGGCAGCGUCGACUUCGCUGCAAUGUCUGUAGUAUCGCUGACCGGAAUCAACUCUGAGGGCCAAGUGGAGGCGGCGUCUUACGCUACUGGGACGGUGCCGUCCCUGGUAAGGACCAUCACACUGGACGACUCCGUUGGCUCAUGGAAGGAGGGAGACUUCAUUGUUAUGGCCUCAACGGACUAUGACAUGCUGCAAGCGCAGGAGUUUGAGAUAGUCGAGUGUAACUCCUGCGCGAACAAUCAACUAAAUAUCAUGGGCCCUGUGCUGUUCACCCAUUGGGGAGAGGUGACGAACGGGGUCAACAUGAAGGCGGAGGUUGGAAUCCUUUCGCGCAAUGUGCGGUUCCAUGGGGAGAUGGAAAACGCAUGCUAUGGCGGGAAUCUUUGCGACACAUUUGAUUACGACACAUAUGGAGGUCAUAUAAAAAUCCAUCGUAACUUUACAUCGGCACGGAUUGAAAACGCUGAAUUUUUCCACAUGGGUCAGCAGCCUGUUCUUGCUGCGUACCCCAUUCACUUCCACACGUGUCUCGAUACCUCUUCAAAAGACGUUUACAUCCGAAAGAACUCCAUACAUCACACGUUUUCGAGAUGUUUGACCCUUCAUGCAACUCACAACGUCACUGUGGAAAAGAACGUGGCCUUUGAUCAUCUCGGUCACUGUUUCUUCCUAGAAGACGGGGGAGAGCAGGACAACGUCUUCAAGGGUAACCUCGGUCUUGUCACAAGGAGGGGCACCCUCAUUCCGUCUGAUGUGGCCCAGCGUGUCGCCACGUUCUGGAUCACCAAUCCCGACAACAAGCUCAUCGGCAACCAUGCUGCCGGCUCCCAGGGCAUGGGAAUCUGGAUAUUGAUGCCUCUUCUUCCAAUUGGUCAUUCAGCCGAUAUGGAUCUUGGUCUGACGGAGCGUCAGUCACAGCGCACGCUUCUGAAGGCGUUCAGAGAGAACGUUGUCCACUCCAACGGUGACACUGGCUUUCGACUGGACGAUGAGCUGAAGUCUGACGGAACCUUUGCCCCGGAUCUGUACCAUCCCCAGGUGGAUCCGACCGAUCCCGACAGCGCCUAUGCACUGCUAGAACUGGACGACCUCACAGCUUAUAAGAACACUGAUGGUGCGUGGCUAAAAACUAUGUACACGCACAUGACAAACUUCAAAUUUUCCGACAACGCCGUUGGCAUCCUGACCGCGUCCUCGAUCUCCGAUGACGUCGGCACCCAUUAUGAAAUCCUGGCCAAUUCUACAUUUAUCGGGGAGUCGGAAAAUAUUGGUGAACCAGCAGGGAAUAUCACCCUGGAGUCGGGAGAGACCAUUCAGAUGAAUCGUUCGGUUCCAGUGAAAAACAUCGAGCACGCUCUCCUUGGCAUUGCCAGCUACAGAGGACCACAGCACUUUAUGAACAUCACCUUUUCUGGUUUCAAGAACAGCUCCCUGCGGCCUGCAGGGGCCAUCGGAAAGCGAUUUUCCAACGUCUACUUCGGCUCGCCCAUCAACAGCGUAAGGAACGUCUCGUUCGACUUUGCCGAUCCGUCGGAGGGUAUCCGCUUCUACGACGGUAACGCGACUGUCACCGGGUACAGGGACCGUGACGGUAACCGGCACAACACCCUGAUGGACUUUGACGGCACGCUGACGGGCCACGCGGGCUGCACUAUCGUCCGGCCCAUUCCGUUCCUCAUCAACGCGCGCUGUGUGGUCGUGCCCAGGUGGGGUCCCGGCACGGCCCUCUGUCCCGACCGCUUCUCCCGGCUGAAAAUCUGGUCAGGACUGGCCGGCUUGGUGCCAACGUUCAUGACCCGUAACGACCUUGGUGCCAGUGACCCGGAUAUCUCCUUAGUUGAGCAGCAGAUGAGCUACUCUCUCAACUCUGCCGAGUCAUACAUUCUGCACUUCAACACCACUGUUCCUAAAAAGUUCAAGAUGGCGCCAUAUGGUCUGCAGAAUAACGUGUCCCAAUUGGUUGGUGUGUGCGUCGGAGCAAACCAGACAUCACUCCAAGUGGAUCCGAACACGUACACGAAGACCGACAACAUGACGGAAUUGAAAGCUGAUGACUCCAACAGCAAGUACUACUACGACCCAAGCAUCGGUGUCGUCAUGUUCAAGCUCACCAGUCCGUACCCGCGCGGCAGCAACACCUACUCUCACUGCCCGGGUACUGAAGACGCCGACCUGAACGGCAUCUGCAGCCUCGAGAUCAAGAUCGAGCUGGACGCGGAGAAUGAUGAUGGCGACUGCCGCUCGCGGGCUUACCCGGCCUACAGCACGGACCCCGUGUCGGCGACCGGAGCUCUCACCGAGCCCGUCUUCUGAGGGAGAUCCUCGGACAGUGGAACUACUGGAGAUGGCAGCAUCUGACCAAAGGACCGUCCUUUGAAAGUUAUUGUCUUUUGGCGCCUGUGUGCUAAGUAUGUUCUAUGUUUGCCAGCUUUUGAUAGGGAGGCCCUUGCAGCGACUAGCGAGUCUUCUGAAAUUCAUUUUCUUACCGAGAUUUUCUGGUAAAUCGACCUUUUAGAAAGACUGAUUACCGAAAUCCGGACAUUUUGCAUUUAUUAGUUUUUCAAGUUCUGUUCAAUUAUGUACGGUUAAAGUUUGUUGAAUGUUUUCAAAAGUUUGGUGAUUGGCACUUUCCCUCUUAUGUUGCAUUUUUAUCGAUCAUGAUUUCCCGGAGUGGUUUUUGUUUGCCGUGGGUUUGCUCAGAAGUCACUGUGUAGUGUGUACACUGUCGUCCGAAAAUGUUGUUUGUGAUGCACCUAUCUUUCAAUAUACAGUUUUAGCAACAGCCUGCUU